AUGUUCCGUGGCAAGAACCCAAGUGGCAUUGCAGUUUCACUGUCUUGUCAGCGGACUCACGACCAUCCGAUUCGCAUCUGGAUGCUGAUUUUGAGUGGCAAGGAACGAGUUCCGCUGGCAAUUGCAAUUGCAACUGGCCCAUUCAAAGUGAUCUACAAGGAAUUGCAACGAGUGAACAUGAAGCUGCUAAUCUUCGCCUGCCUGCUUGGCCUGGCUUUAAGCCACGAGGUGUACUACUAUACCCCAACCUAUGGGUAUUACCCCGGUACUUUUGCCAGGACCUCGCCCGUCCUGCCCCUGGCCUAUUCCCGUUUGAUUGCCCCGGCAGCCGAAGAAUCGCAUCUUUACCACAGCGUGGCCACACCCAACUCCUUCCAGCAGCAAUAUCGCAGCGACUACAAGCCCCUGACCUAUGAGUAUCUCUACUAG